AAGAGUGAUUUCGACUCUAUUCCCAGUGGAGGACCAGCAGUUAUGGUCCGAAGUACAAGCCAGGAUUCUGAAGUUAGCACAGUGGAAAAGUCCAUCCCAACAAGUAGGAAACGAAGCAAAGGCAGCAGAAGGCCUGAAUGGAUGAGCAAAAAGCUCCUAGAUGAACUCAGACAUAAAACGGAAGUAUACAAGAGGUGGAAGCGGGGACAGGUGACCCAGGACGAGUAUAUGUUUGCUGUCUCAUCUUGCAGGGAUAGGACAAGGCGACAAAGUAUGGGUCAGGUUAGUAACAGUUCCGGAGAGACAUUAGGAGCAGACAGUGACUUGAGUAGCAAUGCUGGUGAUGGCCCAAGUGUGGAAAAUGGUGGCAAUUUGACAGGAUCCAGGGGCACUGUGUCAGACAGUGAAAUUGAGACAAACUCUGCUACUAGCUCUAUCUUUGCAAAGUCUCACAACCUGAAGCAGAGUGUGAAGGAUAGCAAAGGCAGUACUCCAGGGAGAGGUCCAGAGGAUGGGAACCAACGUGUCUAUCUCUAUGAAGGACUUUUGGGUAGGGAUAAAGGAUCUGUCUGGGACCAGUUAGAGGAUGCUGCAAUGGAAACCUUCUCUAUGAGCAAAGAGCGUUCGACUUUGUGGGACCAGAUGCAGUUCUGGGAAGAUGCCUUUUUGGAUGCUGUAAUGUUAGAGAGAGAAGGAAUGGGUAUGGACCAGGGACCUCAGGAGAUGAUUGACAGGUAUCUUUCCCUGGGAGAACAUGAUCGAAAGCGUUUAGAGGAUGAUGAGGACCGCUUGUUGGCUACACUGCUACAUAAUAUGAUUGCUUAUAUGCUUAUGAUAAAGGUAAACAAGAAUGAUAUUAGGAAAAAGGUGCGUCGUCUGAUGGGAAAAUCACAUAUUGGAUUGGUGCACAGCCAGCAAAUAAAUGAUAUUUUAGACAAACUUGCCAAUCUGAGUGGACGGGAACUGCUUGUGAGACCCAGUGGCAGCCGCCACAUCAAGAAGCAGACUUUCGUAGUACAUGCUGGAACAGACACAACAGGAGACAUAUUUUUCAUGGAGGUAUGUGAUGAUUGCGUUGUGCUGAGAAGCAACAUUGGAACUGUGUAUGAACGUUGGUGGUACGAGAAACUCAUCAACAUGACUUACUGUCCCAAAACAAAAGUGCUGUGCCUGUGGCGGAGGAAUGGUCAGGAGACACAACUGAACAAGUUCUACACAAAGAAGUGUCGGGAAUUAUACUACUGUGUAAAAGACAGUAUGGAGCGAGCAGCAGCAAGACAGCAAAGCAUUAAACCAGGCCCCGAGUUGGGUGGUGAGUUCCCUGUGCAGGAUAUGAAAACUGGUGAAGGAGGUCUUCUUCAGGUCACGCUGGAAGGAAUUAACCUGAAAUUUAUGCACAGUCAGGAGCGGAAGGUUUUCAUAGAGCUGAAUCACAUUAAAAAGUGCAAUACUGUGCGAGGAGUCUUUGUCCUGGAGGAAUUUGUUCCUGAAACUAAAGAAGUGGUGAGCCACAAGUACAAGACGCCAAUGGCUCAUGAAAUCUGCUACUCGGUGCUGUGUCUCUUCUCUUAUGUGGCUGCCAUUCGUGGAAAAGAGGCAGAAAACAAAAGCAAACCACCUCGACCAGUUUCCAGUUGAUCACAAUAUUGGGAAAUACCUACCCUUUAGCACGUUGACGUGAAGUACUCUCAUUUUUACUGCAGUUACUGGAGCUCACUUUACUGUCUUCUAUGAGGUCUUGAUUAUUUAUGUAUGAACCUGCAAGUCUUUACCCAUAGAAAAACCUAAGACUUCACUGCUCAGUCUCUGAAUUCAUCCUUAAUGUAGUUUUUAUAUGAGCUUUAGUCAGACAGUUUUGAGCAUCAGCAUCCGGCUGU